GCCCUAUAUAGAUAACCAUGGUGGAACUCGAUCUAACAUGCAAGCUUACCAUUCCAUAGUCAAACCCAUCCAUCUGUCUCAUCAGUCCAGCUCCUCGGGUCGUGGGAUAAUUUUACAAAAUACCAUACUAUGGAACGUGAUAUACAACGGGACCGAAGCCAAUGGCGAGGCUGUCACACCUUCAACAAUAUUAUUUGUGACGGCGACCAAGUCAAGAAUCAGAAACGCAACGGAGGGCUAAAGAUGGGUCACACAUAUUACUAUUAUUAUGAGCUGGACGGUUCCACGGAGACAUAUGAUCCUUCUAUGCCCACGACAAACGCUUGUCCCUACCUUCCAGGCCAGACCGUCAACACUGUUGAGGUUCCUCAAGAGCAUUCCCUGUCGAGAACUCGAAGUGCUUCGAUGAAUUCUCUACGGACUACUGACUUCAAGACGAUGGACCCAAAGAACAGGUUUAUGACCCCGCGGCCCGCUCCACCGGUACCCAGCCUACCUGACCUUCGUCUUGGGUCAUCACCAGCAAUGUCGCUGGUUCACAAGAGGUCGGCCCGCUCUCUCUCACCUGCACCUAGCUGGAAGGGUGCCGCCCGACGAUUCUUCGCACGAAAGAAGGGGAAUCACUUGGACGGCGACGCCGGCAGCGAAACUGAGGUCGACAGUCACUAUGAUGGGGAAGUCAGGCAUCUUGAGGAGCCUAGGAGCGCUACGCCAUCCGGGAGCGUUCGGUCCCAUGACAUAUCUCUUGAGACCCUCGAGAGAUUUUUGUCAGACGACCUACCUCCAGCAGCACCCACUACAGAGCCGUCACGGUUAUAUAUACCAGAUGAAAUUCUCGAGGAAAACGAAGACGACGACAACUUCGCAACAUCGGCGGUCUCUGAGACCGCGCCUUUUACGAUGUUAUCACCUCCGCCGUUUCAAAGAAGCUUUUCGUCAAGUUCAGCUAGGGAUUAUAACAACGGGUCGACAACCACCAUUAUUCCCCCACGAACACAACAAGAUAAUAACGCUACAGAAACCGUCGGCGUCUCAUCUACUCUGCCAAAACUGAAGUUAGAUGACGUUCCAAGAUCGCACUUUUCGUUCUCGACUACGUCAUCCAGCUUCGUCUCGACAUCGUCGCCGCAAUCGAUCGAGUCUCGUGAUCUUAACCAAUUUUCCUUCUUUGAUGAUUCAGAUGACGAGAAGGACGAUAUCUUUCCUCCCCAAAAUGAACCAUUUGCCGCCCAAGGAAUUCGUCGAAGUAGCAACGCGGGGCGUGGCAUUCGCAAACAUAACGAUUCACCAAUCACGGAAUAUAGUCUACCCCAGAGUACAUCGCACGAAGGCGAGCCUUUGAAUACAAGUCGGAUAUCCACAACAGCACUUGGGACAGGCUUAGUAACCAGACUGGACAGUGGCGUAGUCCUCAGCAACACCGACCUUCUCAGCCAUCAAAGCAUUGAUACCGGGCUGGAUGAUCUAGUUAGCGAUAUGGGCUGGAUGGCCGAUGUAAUCCAGCCCAAGUUUAUCUAAAUUCACUUUCACAUAUAUCCGCAUAUUUCCCAUAUCUCACACAUCACGUAUAUCACACCAACUUUUUCCUUUGUCUCUUUAUCUUUCAUCUUGAGCGAACAUUUAGAAUGGGUAUAGAACAGGCUACACGUUGUCACCAACAGGAUCUUAGGUGAAGGAAGGUAUAAAGUUUGGGGGGUUACUAUCUACUUUCUGGUCGUUCUUUUUGCAGCAUGUCGGCGCUCAGUGGGGAAAAGAAAAAUGACGAGUUUCCUAUACCCUUUAUUAUUAUUAUUUUUUGGCGGGAUACGGCCUAUUAGCUUUUUAGAGCA